AUGAAAAGAACUGUCACGUACAAGGACGACGAUUUUGUUCCAGAUUCUGGUGGAGAGAGUGUUCCCAAGAAGAGAAAGAAGAAGCGACGAGAGAAGACAGACCUUCUUCACCCAAGCGUCUGGUUCAAGCAGGAGAUAGCAAGAGUGCUGUGGAUGCCUCGGAAGACAGACCUAGUCUCCGUUCGUAAACCCUGGCGCUCACGCAAGAAGAGACGCGUGCGCUUAUGUCAACGGAAGAAGCGGAAGCGAACCAAGAAACACGGAAGAAGACACGAGAGACGAACGCCGGCUUUCGCUCGAGAUCGCGUUCCUGAAUCUCAACAACUGCUGGAGCCGCUGCUCACAUCCUGGUUCGACGUCGACAAUCUGGCUCAAGCGACCCCGCAGUCCGGGUGGAGAACGACCUCCGUACCAGUAGCACAUCGCUAUCACGAGAUUGCUGAGGAUUUACAAGAACUGGAUAUCGAAUACGAGGAGUUUUUCAACAGUGUGAUCAAGAUUCGACUUUUUCCUACCAAAGGACAUAAGGAGAAGCCAGACCAAAUGUUCGCGGCCCAAAGAGUCAUUUACAACAAAAUGGUGGCUUGGUCCCGGGAGGAUCGCACGAAAAGACUGACAUCUCGCGACAAGGCUGUGAAGAUGACGAUGAAAGCUUUCGGAUUGAAGUACCGACCUAUCGCAAAACUGGGAACGAUGGCGGAGUACUUCCGGAACAAGAGAGGAUUGGGACGGUCUAUGCAAGUUCAAAAUGAAGUUCGCGAGUCGGCGUACCGGGAUUUCAUGAAAGCGACCAAGUCGUCGAUUGCUGUUUUUUUUGCUGCCUUGAAGCGUGAUGAAAAGACGACCUAUCCCGAGAUGAAGUUCAUGUGGUGUAGUGAUUUCCAAGUAAUCGCUGAAGUGGCUACAUUCAAGUUGCUCAAGCCACGAAUGCUUGGUCAUGCGACAGGUGGUGACCACGAUGCAAGAUGA